CGGGUGCAGAGCGCGAGCACAGCCUAUAUUAGACCGCUAAUCAUUAACAUUGGCUGUAGACUGUAAAAGGAGCAACUGCAGUGGAUAUUAUUGGUAACCCCCCCCAAAAAACAGUAGUAGGCUUCUACACAACUUGGCCAAUCCAGUACAGCUACUCUUGCACAUGAGGGAGUAUGAGUCCACAGGUUCAAGAAUUAUUCCAUGAGGACGCACAGGGCUCCCAGAGUAAUGCUCAACCUUGGUGGAAGGUGCAGCUCUUCGUUUGGGAACCUGUUCUUUUCGGGACUUGGGAUGGAGUCUUCACCACCUGCAUGAUCAACAUUUUUGGGGUGGUACUCUUCUUGCGCACUGGCUGGCUUGUGGGUAACACAGGUGUGUUGCUUGGCAUGCUCCUGGUGUCACUGGUGGUGUUGGUUGCCUUGGUUACAGUGAUGUCAGGUAUUGGUGUGUGUGAGUGUUGCAGCGUGGGUAAUGGUGGUGUCUACUCCAUGAUGUCCACUGUGCUCGGAGGAAGGGUCGGAGGAACUGUGGGACUCCUGUAUGUGUUUGGACAGUGUGUAGCUGGAGCGCUGUACAUCACAGGAUUUGCGGAGUCCAUUGCGCAGGUGCUGAACUUACAGAGUGUAUGGGCAGUGAGGGGCAUCUCUGUGGCUGUUCUGCUGGGCUUGCUUGGGAUUAACCUGGCCGGGGUGAAAUGGAUCAUACGCCUUCAGUUGGUUCUGCUUGCCAUUUUAGCUCUGUCAACUCUGGAUUUUGUCAUCGGGACAUUUAGUCAUCUAGAUCCAGAGCAUGGAUUUGUUGGCUAUUCAGAGGAACUGCUGCAUAAGAACACUCUGCCAGACUACACAGCUGGCGAGACUUUCUUCACUGUGUUUGGUGUUUUCUUUCCUGCAGCGACAGGUGUGAUGGCGGGAUUCAAUAUGAGCUCUGAUCUUCAGAGGCCCGAGCACAAUAUCCCCGUGGGAACUUUCGCUGCAGUCUGCACCUCGUGGUUCCUGUAUUUGGUCUUUGUCUUCUUGCUGGGAGCCAUUUGCACCAGAGAGGCGCUGCGCUACGAUUUCUUAAUAGCGGAAAAGGUCUCCUUGGUUGGUUUCCUGUUUUUGCUGGGCCUCUACAUCUCCUCCCUGGCCUCCUGCAUGGGUGGCCUUUAUGGUGCACCCAGGAUCCUCCAGUGUAUCGCCCAAGAGAGAGUCAUCCCAGCUCUUGGAUUUCUUGGGAAAGGGCGAGGGGCCAAUAAGACCCCUGUGGCUGCCAUCUGUCUGACUAGCUUGCUCUCUAUGGCCUUCAUCUUCAUCGGCCAGGUGAAUGUGCUGGCUCCCAUCGUCACCAUCAACUUCAUGCUAACCUACAGCGUGAUUGACUACUGCUACUUCUGUGUUGUGAAAAGCCAUGAGCUGCAGGUCCAGCAAAGGAAGACAUUAAUCAGAAGGUCGAGCUCCAGGAGAAUGCUUAUGUCCACCACUCACCCACAUUACGGCAGCAGUGGAGCCAUCAGUGACCCCAUGAAUGGCACACUACUGGAGUUCACCAAAGACAUGGACCAGAUAUUUCCAUUGCCUAGCACAGACAGCGCUGAAGAACAGAGAGUGUCUAUUCCUACCUCCAAGGCCCGGGGCAGGAAGUCAAAGAUUCCAGCUAAAGAAACACUGAUGAACAGUUUUGGGUUGGACUUCAACAGCAAUGGACCAUUAGAUAAAGGGAAAGAUAAAAUGGAGCCAGAACAAACUGUUGGAUUAGACGAUGAUACCAGCAGCCAGAUAGGGCUGAUGGAGACUGACCCUACAACAGGAGCCAAGAGGAAACAAUCUUUGCCUAAUUCUGGCCCAGUUGAACUUCAACAGCUCCCGGUAGAGCUGAUAGACAGGAAUGGUUCAGAGCCAAAUCUUGAAGGAUCAGAAAUCAAAUCUAUCGAUGGUUCAGUGUAUGCAAAGUUUUGCAACCACUGGGUUUCAUUAAUUGGUGCAUUGUGCUCUUUUACAAUAAUGUUCGUCAUCCAAUGGAUGUAUGCCUUGAUUAACAUUACAGUCGCCCUUAUCCUCUUUCUCUACAUUGGAACAACAAGUCCAGGUUUGCCAACAGGUGCAGCUGCUCGUUUCAGCUUCUUUAGGUGGCUCAAGACCUCUCUGAGUAAUUUGGGCAGACGAGAUGGGGCCCUUCAGGACCAGAUUGUGGUGACACCCUCUUUGUCAGGUGUUGGCAUGGAGACCAAGCAGCUGACAGAGGAAAAUGCAGACUUUGCCCUCCGUGAUCGUUACCAUCACUCCUCCUUUAUCACCACCACAGACAAGAUGGUCCAUUCGCAGUCCAGCUGAAUGCAUUACAACUGUGACCUGCUAACCGACUUGACUCAACCAGUUCAAGCACAUGUGGAUAGAGUUCUGGCUGAAUUAUUUUGACUGAAUGAUUUAUGAUCACAACUAAGUAGCACUCAGGUACUUUUCUCAGGUAGUACUUGGAGGAUGGGACUGGUUAAAUUGUUUUACUGUAAAAUCUGAAGAAAAUUAUAAUGUUUGUAUGAAAAUAGGGAAUGAGCAACCAGAAUCAUACAUUGUGGUUCAUUAUGCCGUGUUUUACUCUGGUCAAGUCUGUAAUGUAAAAUUUGAGCAUGUGUUUGAGUAUAUUCAUAAACAAUGUGCAUAAGUUUUAAUAUGCAUCCAAAGCAUUUGAAUAUCAGGUUGUAUCACUAAAGUAAAUUUAGUCUUGGCCUCAGUGAGUUCAUAUACAUUACAUGCAUUAAUUUAUCCCAAAGGUUAUCAUCCUACACCCCUGAAUGCAUUCAGUUAUUGAAAUGUAAUGAUUACCUGCCAAAAAGUAGGGAACAUCUAGAUUUUUUUAAUUAGUUAGGACAUGUCCCCUGACUUUUAUUGCUAUGCUCCUGAGCAUGCACCCUAGAGUCUUUGUUGGAACUAGAAUCACACUACAUCUUUUGUAGGGUACAACAGGACUAAAAGCACACCUUAAAGAAAAUGUGCACUUUUACUGGUCACAAAGUGUAUCAAGAUAAAAAAAAAAUGCAUUUCUUUUUGUCGAAUA